AUGACGCCGCCCGUCGAUAUCCAUACAGUGACUUCAAGAACGGUCUCUCAUAGCUGGGAUCCGAACAAUUUGUCGACCUCCCCAACGGCCACUUUCCAGUCUCCGCCGUCUAGUUGGGGAGGGGCAUUAGCUUAUCGCGGCGCACCGAAACAGCUCAAACCUUUCAAUACGCAGGAUAUUAAAAUUCUGCUUUUAGAAAAUGUCAACACCACCGGACAAGAGAUUCUUCGAGGACAGGGCUAUCAAGUCGAGGCGCUCAAAACUUCUCUUCCUGAGGAUCAGUUGAUUGCAAAGAUUCGCGAUGUGCACGUUAUCGGUAUCCGAUCCAAGACGAAAUUGAACGAGCGCGUGCUGAGAGAAGCCAAAAAUCUUCUGGUUAUUGGCUGCUUCUGCAUCGGGACGAAUCAGGUCGAUCUUGAAUAUGCUGCUCGCCACGGGAUCGCAGUUUUCAACUCACCUUUUGCCAACUCUCGUAGCGUUGCGGAACUCGUCAUUGCGGAGAUCAUCACCCUUGCACGUCAGCUGGGUGAUCGCUCUUCUGAGAUGCAUCGUGGAACGUGGAAUAAGGUUAGCGCUAAGUGCUGGGAGAUUCGAGGCAAGACCCUAGCUUCCAUAGGUAUCGUCGGAUACGGUCAUAUUGGUUCACAGCUUUCGGUUCUCGCGGAGGCCAUGGGCAUGAAUGUGAUCUACUAUGAUGUGAUCACCCUAAUGGCGCUCGGCACUUCUCGCCAAGUUCCAACUCUAGACAACCUUCUGGAAGAGGCCGAUUUUGUCACUCUUCACGUGCCUGAUCUUCCGGAGACUCGAGGGAUGAUUUCAACGGCUCAAUUCGAACGGAUGAAGAACGGGUCCUAUCUCAUCAACGCCAGUAGAGGCACUGUUGUGGACAUCCCGGCUUUGGUGAAAGCAAUGCGAUCUGGACAGGUUGCAGGGGCUGCCCUUGAUGUGUAUCCCAGCGAGCCGGCUGCCAAUGGUGACUAUUUCACCAACAACCUGAACCAUUGGGCAGAAGACCUCAGAUCUCUGAAUAACAUCAUACUUACUCCCCACAUUGGCGGUAGCACAGAGGAGGCACAGCGUGCAAUUGGUAUCGAAGUUAACGAGAUCCUCGGCGACCACAACGUUGAUAAGCAAAUCAGCGAUAGCAAAGGCGACGUUGCCUACUUGAUGGCGGAUAUCAGCAAUGUUCGCUACGAGGAAAUCAAGGAUAUAAAUGAAAGUCUAGAAGCACUGAGCUAUGUCCGCAUCCGAGGAGUUUACAGGGAUAUAUGGGACGCCGCGCUCAACGCGCUGAAUUCCUAA